CUCCCUGGGGCCCCUCCCCUUUCUCCUCCCACUCUCCUCCCUUUUCCGUUCAGACUGGCCUCUUAGAGGAAAUUGAAAGUGAAAUAGAGAGCUGUUGAAUCGCCUGAUCAGAGCACCCCAAGGUCUGCACAGUGCUGCCCAACAAGGACUGUCACUCCCAUGGCUUCUGCAACGCCCCUGGCAAUGAUGUGGGAGGAGGUCACAUGUGCCAUCUGCCUAGAUCCCAUGGUGGAGCCCGUGAUCAUUGAAUGCGGUCACAGCUUCUGCCAGGAAUGUAUCUCUAAUGUUGGGAAAGAUGGGGGUGGUAUCUGUCCUGUGUGCCGGAAUCACUUUCUGCUCAGGAACCUCCGGCCCAAUCGGCAUCUAGCCAACGUGGUGGACAACCUUAAACAAAACAGCCAGGCUGCCAAGGAUGAGCCACAAGGGCAGCGGUGUAUGAUACAUGGAGAGAAACUUCACCUGUUCUGUGAGGAAGAUGGGCAAAUCCUCUGCUGGGUGUGUGCCCAAUACCAGAAACACCGUGAGCACCACACAGUCCCUAUUGACGCGGCUGCUCAAGAGUACCAGGAAAAGCUCCAGGUGGCAUUAAAAAAGCUAAGAUGCCAGCAGGAGUUGGCAGAGAAGUUGGAAAUAGAUGUUGCAAUGAAGAGAGCAGAGUGCAAGACAAAGGUUGAGAUGCACAAGUCCAGGAUUCAUGCAGAGUUUGUGCAGCAGAAAAACUUCCUGGCUGAAGAGGAACAGAGGCAGCUGCAGGCACUGGAGGCAGAAGAGAGGGAGCAACUGAGAAUCCUAGGGGAAACAGAGGCUGACCUGGCCCAGCAGAGCCAGGCCCUACAGGAGCUGAUCUCAGAACUAGAGCGGAGGAGGCGGGGCUCGCCGCUGGAGCUGCUGCAGGAAGUGACAGUUGUCCUGGCAAG